AAUUAUCAAUUUACAUAACUUAAAUAAAAAACUUGAUUAAUAUCUAGCUUUCCAUUACCAAAAUUUACUAGUCAAAAUGUACAAAAGUUUAAAAGACAGUCAUGGCUAUAACCAAGGGAAACUCAGUACACAAAAAAAUGAUUAAUCAUUUUAUAUCUAUGUCAAGCAUUUGUGGCUAACGGCUUAAGUCCAAAAAGGAUCUAAGUCCAAAAUAUUGACUAGCCUUCUCGCUCGUCACUCCCCCUGGUUGACCAAGCCUCGGGUUUCACUUCUUGAAAUGGUGGACAAGGAAAACUAUGAGAUAAGAUAUCUCAGUCAGUAAAAAUAUGAGUAGCCCAUGAGAAAAAUUUAAGCAUGCUUGAUAAACAAUUUAAUCAUAACAAAACGUUCAAUGAUAAACUAUUAAUGCAUAAUAAGAUUCAGUAGUAGUCUCAUCUAUAAGUCAAUAACAAAGCGUUCAAUGAUAAACCGUUAAUGCAGAAUAAGAUUAAGUAGUAAUCUCAUCUAUAAGAUUACAGAAUGAACCGGUCCUAUCGGUAUACAUGUCGACAUGUGCUAGCGUUUACAAACUUCCACUAGCGGGCGUCAGUAAUCAAUAAUCAUGACUAUAUUAGAGAUAAAACCAUGCAAGAUUUACAGGAAAAAUGCGAAAUUCACAAUCAAUCUCAAAUUUCAAGAACAAACCGAAAAAUUCCAUGUGGGCAUGCUCAACCCCAAAAAUAAUAAAAAUUUUCAUUUCCAUUCUAAUCAUGCUCAGGUGUUAAUAAAAUCAAUUUAAACGUUACCACCAUCUCAAAAACAAUUUAAAAUAUGCUUUUACUUUGAAGGUUAAAUCCCCAAUACAGUCCCUCAACUUUCAUUUUUUAACUAAAUUUACCCUCGAACUUCAAAAAAUACUAAAAAAAUCCUUGAACUUCAAUUUUUGGAACCAUUUUUGUCCUUCUGUCAGUUAAGUGCUGACAUGGCAAAAUUUCCUGUUAACAAAUUCAAUUUUUCACCAGCGCCUGGGUUCCUAGAACCCAGGCGCGGGUCGAGGAACCAGGCGAACCUAGCACAGCACGCCUGGGUUCGAUGGAACCCAAGUGUGGGUUCCUCAAACCCAGGGCCUAGGUUCGAGGAACACAAGCGCCGGUUCCUCAAACCCAAGCCCUGGGUUCCGAACCCAGUGCCUGGGUUAGAGUCGAACUUGCCUGGGUUUUUUCUUCUGUUUCUUUGUUGGCUGCAAUCAUGCUUGGCUAUCUUAGAAUGGGAUUUAGAGUUUUGUAUGGCUUCUGAUUGCUUGAAUUUCAAGAUCUAGUUACUAUUAGUGUUGAUUGAAAAGAUGUUGUGUUUUUUACAUUUUCCUUUACAGAUCUGGUAUACAUUUGCAGAGGAAUUGAUUUUUUUAAUCAAAUCUAUUGGUCAUUAUUAUUAUGCGAGGAACCAAAUUUGGGUUCUAUUAGAGAGAAGGUUAGGGGAAGAAGUAGAUGGUGAUUAAAGUGGUAAUAGAUGAACGGAGCAAUGAGGAAUGAUCGGUGCUAAUUGGGUUGCAAGAUGAGGAGACAUCUGAGGAUAGAGAGAGACGAGAGGGGAUGGAAGAUGAAGAGGGUACUUAAGGAAUUUAAAAAUUUUUUAAUAUAUAAAUUAAUUAAAAUGAUGUGGAUAAUAAUGGGUUAAAUUAUUUUCCACGUAAUUAAAGAUUUCAAACAAGAAUUGAUUUCGUGGCAACUUAGCGUGCCAUCUGGCACUUCCGCCGAUGAAAGGACGAAAUUGGUCUCAAAAAUUGAAGUUCCAGGAUUUUUUUAGUACUUUUUAAAGUUCAAGGGUAAAUUUAGUUCAAAAAUGAAAGUUGAGGAACUGAAUCGGGGAUUUAACCUACUAUGAAAUAGAAUGGCGUUACCAUAAUUUACUUAUUUCAAUUGCAUAACACAGAAAAUUCACUCCAAGUGCUAGGGUGACAGAAUAAUCAAUAACCUAACCAAAAUAUUACAGGAUUAAUAACCAUACUACCACGAAUCCAAAAGAAACCACCACCAUGACUACCCCCUAAUCAUGACACCAUUUAUAUCAACAUGGAUAACUCACAUAUUCCACGAGAUUUUCUACUCUAAAUAAUUGAAAUUCAGUGUAUGAACAGUAACUACAACUUCCAGAAAUUUGGCAAGGAGCAGAAAAUUCUAAGGAAAAAUGCAGUAAAAUGCAGAAUUUUCC